CAAACUGUAAAAACGUCAAGAAAUGAACUUGAACCGGAGUACUAUCGGUAGCUGGCUAAAUUCGGUUUGGUCCACGUCAUAUCAGGAUUAGGAUAAAAAGCGAAAUCUUAUCAGUAGGGCGGACGAACGACAAAAUCACCACUCAACCGUCAACUGUCGGUGGUGGAAGAGAAACGACGAUUUUUCUAGAAACUCAACAAGUGUUCGUCUAGUGAUGGAAUUGUUGUGUGUAGGCCUACGGAAAUGCACUGAUAAACAGCCGUGAAUAACUGUACACCAUCGAUAACUGGUGAAACGACAGAAGGGAAGUACAAGCUAUUAUUCAAGACCGUGAUAGUCACAAUCAUCAUUACUGGUAGCGAGGACAUUUGAAGAUUGCCAGUAGAAUUAGCUCACUAAUAGAACGCAACCAUGCCGAAGAAACAGGUGAACGUGCGCAUCACGACGAUGGACGCAGAACUGGAGUUCUCCAUCAAGCCAUCGACGACAGGAAAGAUGCUCUUCGAUCAGGUCGUCCGAACCAUAGGCCUCCGAGAGGUCUGGUUCUUCGGCCUACAGUUCGUCGAUAACAAAGGUUACACCAGCUGGCUCGUCCUCACUAAGAAGGUACUUGAUCAAGUGGGCAAAAAACACGAAAAUCCUCUGCAGUUCCGGUUUCGCGCAAGAUUCUACCCAGAGGACGUAGGAGAAGAAAUUAUUCAAGAGAUCACGCUGCGCAUGUUCUACCUGCAAGUGAAGAGCUCCAUCCUGAGCGACGAGGUUUACUGCCCGGCAGAGACCGCGACCCUCCUGUCGUCGUACGCAGUGCAGGCCAAGUACGGCGACUACAUCCCCGAAUAUCACAAGCCAGGGUUCCUGGCCAACGAUCGCCUGCUCCCACAGCGCGUUAUGGACCAGCACAAACUCACGAGAGAUCAGUGGGAAGAUAAAAUCACUGUCUGGCACAAGGAGCACCGGGGACUUCUCAGGGAGGAGGCCAUGAUGGAAUACCUGAAGCUGGCGCAGGACCUCGAGAUGUACGGCGUCAGCUACUUCGAGAUCAAGAACAAGAGGGGCACGGAGGUGUACUUGGGCGUCGAUGCUCUCGGUAUCAAUGUCUACGAAAAGAAUGAUAAACUCACCCCAAAGAUUGGCUUCCCUUGGGUAGAGAUCCGCAACAUCACCUUCCACAACCUGAAGUUCGUCAUCAAGCCUGUGGACAAGACAGCCAAGGACUUCAUCUUCAUAGCGCCCCACGUCAGGGUCAACAAGACCAUCCUGACGCUCUGUAUGGGCAAUCACGACCUCAGCGUCAAGCGGCGCAUGGCAGAUACCAUCGAAGUCCAGCAGAUGAAAAUCCAGGCGCGCGAGGAAAGGACGGCUAAGAAGGUUGCCAGGGAAAAACUCGACCGCGAAAUCGCCCUGCGAGAGGAGGCGGAAAAACGCCAGAGGGACUUCGAGGAGCGCCUGGCGCUGAUGAACCGCGAGAUGGAGCAGCGCCAGAACGACCUCCACCACGCCCAGGAGACCAUCAGGGCGCUGGAGGAGCAACUCAGGGACUUGCAGUGCGCCAAGGAGGAACUCGAGAGCAAGCAGGAGGAGCUGCGGACCAUGAUGGUGCGCCUCGAGGAGGCCAAGGAGAUGGAGGCCGAGGAGAGGGCCAGACUCGAGGAGGAGAUUCUGUCCAAGAGGGACGAGGUCGAGCGGAUUCGAGACGAAGUGCAGCACAAAGACGAGGAGACCAGGAGGUUGCAGGAAGAGGUUGCAGAGGCCCGUCGAAGGGAAGAGGAGGCAACCCAGGCCUUGGCUACUGCCUCGUUGGUUCGCAAAGCCUCCUCGUCUUCUUCCUCCUCCAGCGAAGACGAGAAGAUGAAGCACGUCAUCAAGCCAGACUUCUUCCCUUCGGAGAGAGUGGAAGUAGGCCUACAGCAAAGCGCCUACAACGGUGACGUGUACAGCAGCUUCGAAGCCGCCGAGACGAUAGACGGUCAGUCCAUCAGCAGGAAAUCGAGCACCAGUAGCAGUGACAGUGAUAAGACAGCGACAAACAGCCGGGCUUCCAUGUUUGGCGGCGGUUACCAGAUGCCCGAGAUUAUGCCCACCCCGGAUAUGCUGGAGAUUCACGAGCCCAAGCAGGACUCGGCCGCUACGAGAAGAAUGAAAUUGCUGGAGGAAGUGAAACUUUCUUUGGCCGCCGAGCGCAAGCAAGGUUCCGAGACCCAGAUGGACGUCAUUCACACCCAGAACAUCAGAGAAGGGAAAACGAAGUACAAGACGCUGAGAGAAGUGAGGAAAGGGAAUACGAAACGACGGGUGGACCAGUUCGAAAACAUGUAGUAGACCAUGAGAGACGCUGGGAAAAAUGACGGAAGGGAAACGAAGGUCGAUGUUAAACAGCUCGAAAGUUAGGUCUGAAUCUACCGUCAUGGAGACAUCUCGCCCAACAACAAACACUUUCACGUGCGUCAGAAGGCUUAUGAGGUCAUUCUGUUGUAUAGGAUAAAUUACUACUCGUAUAUAAUAUCAUCUUUAAGUUCCUCAUUUAUCACAGAUCUCUGAUUCUUUCCUUUCCGAGAAAAUCGUCCAGUUUUCAAGGAAAGAGCUGACCAUGAUUUGAUAAAUUAAAACAUUGCAAGACGUCACGGCGUGCCUUUUCAUUGUGUUUAGUAUAAAAACAUGACUAUCGACAUUUACCUUAAUUCAAAAAUGUAAUUUAAGAUCUUUGUGUUUGAUCUUUUUCCUAUUGUUUAUUGGUAAGUACUAUCAUGUAAUAUUUCCAAACAGACGAUGUGGUAGUUGCAACUGGCAUAAUCCUACACGAUAGCAUCUAUUACGGGUCAAAUGAUAAAUAUAAUGGACAACAUAUACUGCUUUUGACGUAUUAUGCUAUGUUUUUGCCUAAGUGAUCUUCAAAGACUUAAUCGAUGAGCGAUUCAAAUUCUUUAGGUUAUACUUACGCCGAAUGCAAAACCUGAUCUAUGAAAUGACAAGAAGUUGUUUCUUUACAGCGCUCAGUUUAUAUUGAUAUUUUUCCAGGCCGUAAUUCUAAACACUGACACCCCUUCAAAGCAGUUCUUUCAACAUAACUUUCUUUCUUCAUCUCAACAAAUGACGUUCAAAUGCUUUCAGUUGAGGUGGUCCAAGAAUAGAAAAAAAAUUAAAAGCAUAUUCUCCAAUGAUUUACGUUAAUUUCUUCGGCUAUGUCCAUGUGAUAAUUUUCUUACAAUCAUUUCUAGAUUACACCUCCCGUAGAUCUAGAUUUAAAGGUAAUCCAAGACAGAUUUCAAAAGUCAUCUAUAUAAACUAACAUGUAAUGAAAGGGGACCAUUAUUAAUAAUUUUUUUUUUUAAAUCUUGUAUAGAAACUAACAUUAUCAAUUCCAAGUGGAAGAAUUUAAACAAUCAUAGUAUAUAUAGAAGUUAUUUAAGGUAGAGCUUACUUGUUUAUUAAAGUAGGAUGUUCUUUAUUUAUGGACUGUUACUAAUUACCACAAAUUCAUGAUUCAUCGCCUAACUUUCCUUAUUAUCAGCUAAUUCCAAGGUUAAUGUUAACAAGUAAUUUUAAGCGAUGCUUAUUUUCUUUUUAUAUGUUGUACUUUGUUGAUUUCAUCGUUAUCUAUUAAUAUGUAUCGCGGUUGCAGAAAGGGGGCGAGUUUUAUUGAAAUUUAACAAUAAAUGAAGAUAUACUUCUACCAUU